AUGAUACAAACACAAAGCAGCACACACAGCAACGACAUCCAAGCGACGGAUGCUGUGACAGUGAAGAAAGCGACGACAGCNACAUUGGCUUCUUUAAUCGAAAGCGACCGUUCUUCUGUAUCGACCACACGCUCAUUUACCACCCAAGGCCCGUCCAACUCGGCCCUCGCCCACGCCAGCGACAACAAGCACGAGCUUGCAUCACCACCACCCGCGACCCGCCAUCACAUCCAAUCACUCCCAGUUCUUUCCAAAGUCGAGCCAGAAGAAGAAACACAAGAUCCUCCGCCCUUUGCGUCGCACAACUUCCCGUCACUCUAUUUUCCGCCCGAACAACUCGACGUUCAGCCUGCACCGCCGCCGCCAGACUUCGAACAAGGCCCGUCGUCAUCAGCCUCAUCGCCCUUUUCGUCUGUUGUUGAAGACACCAAGGCUGCCCUCCCACAAGACACCAAGCCUCGCUCUGACAAAGCGCCCGACGACAGCGAACCUCCUCCGCCGUAUACCGAAGGUACCAGCCCGCUCGACGGCUUCACUUACCUCAUGGCCCAAGCCGGAGGUGCUGCGAGCAUCAUCACCCAGGUUUCUCAGGGUGGUCCCGCUCCCAUCAACACAAACGCCUUUCACACUUCUCCCGACGAGCACAUCAACAUCGACCUGAGAGGCACCCGCUUCACCCUCUCACGCGAUGAGCUUCUCACUCUCCCCGAGUUUGUGCUUCUGUCGCUCUUCCCCAAUGGGCUCCUCCCCGAAGGCCAUAUGAACUCGUUCCACGAGCCUGACGUAUAUCCCGUCGAUGUUAGUGCCGCUCCGCGCCUCAUUUCCUCCUUCCGUCCUCAAGACAUUGCUGCCCUUCAAACCGUCCUCCAAAAUCAUGAUGUAUAUUUAUCUGACACGAUCUAUCGUUCCCAGUAUGACCCCACCUCUCUGCAAUACAUGCUCGAGUUCUUCCGAUCCGUCGCUCAAACAAUUCCUACUUCCCCCACCGAAGACUCCCCUCCCUUCUCGGGCGACCAAGCCCCUGUGCCCAUUGAGCCCAUGCAAGGUAAUGCUAGAGACAUGCUGCAGGACAGAGCUGGCAUCAUCGUCUUGCGUGAAGAUCUCGACUUUUACGUCAUCCCCCCAAGACGCGACAUUAGUCACCCCGAGAUGGUCCAGGUCAAGCGUGCCGCUGGUCGUGCUCUGUUGAAGCAGGCUGGCAUCUUCAGUGGUCUUCGUAAGAGUGAGGAGCCUGGUACUACCGAGCAACAUCUUAUUGAGAUGUUGACCGCUGGCGGCUUCAACCACGAUGACACCUGGGGCCACCGCGCUGGAGAACCCAACAAGGCCGUAAUUUGCAGUAUUGCGCUGGCUCGUCUCCGCACUGACGUUCGUGGCGACGCCAACUCUAAUGCCGUUGGUAUGGCACAGAAGCUGCUGUUGUUCUGGCGCAAACCCGCGCGACGAUGCUGGUGGGAAGGCGUUGACCUUGAGAAUGUCGAAGGCAUCGACGGCACACUCAAGGUUUGGAUCCGCAGAGUCUGGACCCUCGAGAUGGUAAGACUUGUAUCAUGA